AUGAUCCUUCGAGCCUAUUCACAAGCUGUCAGCUAUCAAGAGCUCUUCGAGAAUGUGAGAGGCAAGAAAAUCCUAGAUAAUCCCGACGGUCACAACGCAGCAGUCAUCCUCACAACGCCAAACUUUGCCAGAGACCUCGAAAAUGCAGAUCUCAUGAGUCAAUUUGCCAGAUUGAUGGCCGGUUCCGCGGAUGUGGGGAAAUUUCAUGUUCUAAGUGCCGUGGUCGACCAUCUCGCAGCUCCAGCAGGGUCACUCAGAUCUCUCCAGGGGAUAUCAGUUCUACGAGGUCACUUGGACCAUAUGCUACCGCACUUAUGGCAGCCGCUAGCUCCAAGGUCUAAGGAUGAUGCAGAUUCAGUAUCUGCUUUGACAUUUAGCCUUGGAGAUCCCUCAGUAACGCUGCCCCUGGCUAGAACUACAUUCCACAACAGCAGGCCAUCCACGCUUUUGACAUCCGAGUUUGAUCUGACUCAUAACGCGGCUCGACUCACUCAACAGGCCGAAAAGUACUCACAAUUUGUGAAAGUUUCACUGGACCAUGAUAUCGAGUCACUGGCACAUCUUGACAUGUGGGCUCCUCUGAUGCCAUUGACCCAGCCCCGAACUGUGACUGAAAGCUUUGGCAAUAUCAUUCGAGGUAUCGAGGUCGACGGGAAUACUAUUCCGGCAUCUACCGAACUAGAAGAUAUCGUGAACAAACUUCAUAAGCAGAAUGCCUCAUCUGGAGUUUUAUCUGGCGCAGUAGGAGUCUGGGCAAUGGUUACCCCUGACCGUAACACAUCGGCCGCGUUGGAAGAAUGGCUUGAGGAAGCUCCUGAGCCAAUAACUGCGUUGCCGGAUGUCGACGAUAUCAGGGAAACUGUAAAAGCCACAGCUCAGCAUCUCAAGCUGCUUCACAGCCACGGCGGUCGCUUAUACAAGAUAUUGAGCGGCGGCGGCGGAUGGGGUGCCAAAAAAGGACUGUUGUCUCUAGACCCUCAGCGGGCACACUUUUCUCUUUCAGAAGAAGAGGAGAUGCAUAACUUUAUACAAUCGAUGAAUGGCGGAGGUUUCACUCCCGAAGGCUCACAGAUCCAAUUUUUCAUGUCUGCACCAGUUCUGCCAGAGAAUACCACGGAGCCCUUCACACCUGGAGUUGCCUUUGGCGUUGCUGGGGAUGUUGCAGUUCCAAAGGAGGCCGAGCCGGUAAAUGGCUUCGUAGGACAGCAUUUUGGUGCGCUUUCCAACUCGGCCAUCUAUCUCUCUGGAAAAGGGCUGCCCGGUGGUAAAGAGACGAAACUGAGCGUCCCGCACUCUAGAGUGUACGGUAGAGAGCCUGAGGUUAAGAUGGGUGCUUUUGAAAGCUUCGCGUAUGGGCUGGCAGAUGCUGGGACAAUAGUACUAGCAGGCCUGAAGCAUUAA